AUGUUAAUCAUCAAUAACAAAAGAAAUCAAAAUAGAAGGACCACUUAAAAACUUAAAUAUUUAGAUUCCGUCUAAGAAUAGCCAAGAAGAGCAAGUUGUUGUUGUGACAAUUGUGGCAAACUCACUCAUUUUUAACAAAUUUAUCAGAAUUCUCCCUUGGUAGUUCAACAACAUUAGGUCGAAAAAUAAAAACUGAGUCAACUAAUUUAAUGUAAACCCCUUAAGAAAAUGAUUUCUACUAGUUUUCAUCUCUCUAACAAAAAUACUGACUCAAUCAAAAAAAGACGACAUAGUUGUAAAUGUGAAGAAUGUGGCUCAGAAACUCUAUUCUAAAAGACUAGUUGUCAUUAGAUCCCCCUCAGAUAGCCUAUUAAAAGUGCUCAAUUCAAAAGCUUCAUAAUAAAGAAGUCGCUUGGAAAAGCUUUUCAAGAAUUCUCGGAUGUUAAAAAAUCCCAUCCACUAACAUCUCGAUCCCAUAAGGAUAUCAUAAUCAAGUCUCCCCUUCUUGUAAAUAGGCUUAAAACUGGUUCCUGUCUGCUCCCAGUCUAGAAUUCCCACGGCUUUAAAAAAUAGGUUAAAGCCAAUAAGUAAAUGGUGGAAUUAAAAGGAUUUAAGAAUGGAAAUUCAUCAGAGAAAUUCAAACUUUUAGUAGAUAAACACGAACACAUUUUUCAUACAACUAUAAGAUUAAAGACUAUUUUUAAUUGA